GCGCAGUGCAUGCUGGGACCGCCUUGCCUGGGCGGAAGCCUAAUUCGAGACCAAAGCGCGGGAACGCUGAGCUUACGCGCCCGAAGAGGUUGUUAGCUACGCGGGAGUUAAGCGCGGGGUGGUGGCCGCUGAGGUACCUACCCCUGCCCCGGGCUAGGCUUCUCCUUAAGCCGACUGCUCCCUAGUCCUGACUCUCACCGUAAGGGCCCCUGCAUUCUGACCGCCAACAUGGUUCUGUUGUUGGCGGCUGUUAGGGCACCAGGAGUCUGACCCAUGGGGUCAGGCCGACCCUCCUUCAGCAACCUGGGUACUUGGAUUCUGGCUAGAAAGAAUUCGGAGCCAAGACCCAUACCGCAUCACAUUUCUUCAGAGAGAACAUCGGGGGACAUCUUGCCCAAGCUGCUAUUUCGAAUUUAGAAUGCAAAAACUAAAAAGACCCUCCGCAUUGCAAGGGGACUAGAGGGAAGUGAAAAGUCUAAAGAUGAAGGCUUUUCAGACCAUCUGCAGGCAGCUUAAAAGUUCAAAGCAAUUUUCUAUAGAACUAUCCCCACAUCUGGGUUUCUCCACGUCCUCUUAUUCAUGUGGCCGGAAGAAAAAAGUGAACCCUUAUGAAGAGGUGAACCAAGAAAAGUACUCUGACUUAGUACAGUCUGUCUUGUCAUUCAGAGGCCCUGCUCAGACUCCAGAAUCGUUGUUCGAGGAAGAUUCUUUACUCUAUGGACCUGUGAGUAAGUGUAAACCCCCAAAGCAAGAUGAGGAAGCAAGAGUUCCAGGAAACUGGUUUCCUCUCUUCAAUCCAGAGAGAAGCUGCAAACCAAAUGCAACAAGUGCUGCGACAGUUCCUUUGAAAAUCCCUUUGCAAAGGAAUAAGAUACCAAGUGUGACCCGGGUCCUUCAGCAGACCAUGACAUCAGAACAGAUUUUCUAUUUGGAGAGGUGGAAGCAGCGGAUGAUUCUGGAACUGGGAGAGGAUGGCUUUGCAGAAUAUACUUCAAACUUAUUUUUACAAGGGAAACAGUUCCAUGAAGCCUUGGAAAGCAUACUUUCACCCCAGGGGAACUUAAAAGAGGGAGAUGAAAAUCUUGAGUCUGGCUACAUCGAAAGCAUCCAGCAUAUUCUGAAAGAUGUCGGUGGAGUUCAAGCUCUUGAAAGUGCUGUUCAACAUGAGACCUUAAAGUAUGUAGGUCUGCUGGACUGUGUGGCUGAGUAUCAAGGCAACCUGUGUGUGAUUGAUUGGAAAACAUCGGAAAAACCAAAACCUCUUAUCCGAAAUACAUUUGACAAUCCGCUGCAGGUUGUGGCAUACAUGGGUGCCAUAAACCAUGAUGCCAACUAUAGCUUUCAGGUUCGGUGUGGUUUAAUUGUGGUGGCCUACAAAGAUGGAUCCCCUGCCCACCCACAUUUCAUGGACACAGAGCUGUGUUCCCAGUACUGGACAAAGUGGCUUCUUCGACUAGAAGAAUAUACAAAAAAGGAAAAGAACCAGAAUAUUCAGAAACCAGAUUAGGGGCAGGAUGUUAUUUGGAAGCAUUCAGCACUUUCUCACAUUUUGGGAAAAUAUAUUGCUGUUUACUGUGACCUAAGAUGGAGGUCCCACUGGAUCUGAGAGCUGCUUUAACACAAAGCAGAAAUAUUAAUUUGUUAAAAUUUAUUGCAAUAAAAAAUAAAAAGACUAAAAAGCCAGAAAAGUUUAGAUAUAAAAAAACUGGACUUAAGCAUACAAAAGAUCAGCCAUGCUACCUCUGACUAUGAUUUACUUGAAAAAAGGUCAAGCAGGAUUGGCAGUGUUGGUGGCUCUUGGACCCAUGGAACCUCUCUGUGUCCUGGGCAGCCUGCCCAGUCUUUGAACUAAAAUUGGAGGGCAAUGAGGCUUGGUGUGCCAAGCAUUUCCCCAGGGAUACACCACAAGGGAAGGGGCAUGGCAGUCCCAGGGUGUGUGGAGGGGGAACUCACAUCAGCCAACUACUACUGCCAACGCAGUUUCCUAGAACUUGUUUUAUAUAUUGGGGUUCUCUAUAGAUUUCUUUGGGAACGAAAACUUCCAUUUAACAUUUUUGAAAAAGAAAUAUGUGACUCCUUAGCCUCGAAUAAAUAAUUGCUCUGGAGAAAGAUAGAGCAUAUUCACCAUAUCAUUGGCAUUGCCCCUUGGCAUACCACCAAAUAACCCCGAGAAGUAAUUGUAGGUAUUUUAGUAGUUAUAUUCUGCUUUGAGUAAUUGAAUCAUGUCCGUAGAGAAAAUGUAUCAUUUGUGGAAUUUUUCAGCUGUGGGAAACAAUACAUUUUUGGGGGGUGUUUGAUAAAUAAUAAAACUAUUAGUUGUCACUGGGUUUGGGAAACAAGUAAAUCCCCACUAUAGCCUUGGGGGAUGGGUCCCUAUUUUAUGGAGUGGAUUAGCAUUUAAGUUACAGUUACUAUUUUAAAAUCAUAGGAUGCUACAAUUAAUUUGUUUCUUUCAGUAGCCAUAAUUAUAAAUAAAAUACAAGAUGUGAGUAAAAUAA